GCUUACACCCUAUGUGUAGUGAAUUUAUUAAUCAAAGCAGUAACAACGAUGGAUAAAAUCUGAAUCUCAUAUCCGUAACGAAACGAUUAGCGCUUUCUCGAUACAACUUCUUCGAGUAAACGAUCUGCCGUAAUCACAAUCACAGACAAUUUCAAUAGAUAAACACGCGUGUGCAACUGAUUAAUCUACACGCUGCUUGAGUUGUGCUGCACGUAGUGCAACACACUUUCCGUACCAACCCAUCAACGUUAUCAUUCACCUCGUAUCAAAAGUCAUUCGAUAUCGCUUUCCAUCAAAUGAGAAUAAACAAAACCUAGAUAACUGUUCACCCUUGCUACUAUUUGUAACUUUUUUUUUUUUACAAAUUUCCAAAUAAAAACAGCAGUUUGAGUCACGAUCGCGCUCAGUAACCUUACAAGAAGAGCAGCCCGAUGGACUUAAUGCAGUGCAGAAUAUGUUAGUAACAAGUGUUUGAAGAUGGGAUUACCAAAGAAAGUGACGAAACGCAGCGUGUGUAAUAGAUGUUUUCUAUUAGUGGUGACGAUUGCCUCGAUCAUCGGCACAUCAUUUGCACAAGAUGAUCCAGUGGUAAACAUCCAGGGUCUAGGUUCUGUCAUGGGAACCAUGGGAAAGACGGCCUGGACUGGACGACCCAUCUACCAGUUCUUCAACAUCAAGUACGCCGAGGCUCCGGUAGGAGAACAACGCUUCCGUGCUCCUCUCAGUGUUCGUCCAUGGACGGGUGUCAUGAAUGUCACUGCUCCUGGUCGUGGUUGUCCUCAGCGACGCACUAUUUCUCAGGAUGACCCUGAUGCCGAGGAUUGCCUCACGCUUUCCGUAUACUCCAACGAUCUUACGGCCAAUCGUCCCGUCAUGCUCUACGUCCACGGAGGUGCAUUCGUGGUUGGAUCCGCGGAGCGAUUCGGACCUGAGUAUUUGCUCGAGAAGGACAUCGUCCUCGUCGUCAUACAGUAUCGCUUGGGUACGCUCGGAUUUCUCUCUACUGGUACCGAAGCUAUCCCUGGUAACGCUGCAAUGUACGAUGUGCUCGAGUCGCUUGAAUGGGUAUCCCGACACAUUCGUAGCUUCGGUGGAAACCCACUAGAAGUAACUAUCUUCGGUGAGUCUGCCGGAGGACAUGCAGUAUCCGCUAUGCUCCAUAGCCCCCGUGUUCGCGAGGGACUCUUCAAACGCGCCAUCAUCCAGUCCGGUACCUUGUUCAUGCCCUGGGUCAUCUGUCAGGAUCCUACCGAGGGCGCAUACGAGAUCGCUCGUAUUAUCGGUUGUCCCAUGACGACUCCUGCCGACAUCGAUAGCUGCCUUAAGGCCGCUUCAGUGCGGGAUCUGGUUCAGGCUCAAGACCAACAUAAGAAAAAUGAGUUCAGCUCACCAGGAUAUCCCAAAGUUGCUGGAGCUUGCAUCACCGUAGGAGGAGCUCUUGGGGCCCAAAGCUUCAUGCCCGUUCACCCCAGAGAGUCUACUUACUUCCGGAAUAUUGAGGUCAUCUUCGGAAUGAACUCCCAAGAGGGUCUUAUCUUCUUCAACGAAUACUUCCAAUAUGCUUUAGACUCUCAACCUAUUCAAUUCAACUCUCACUGGGACUUCCUGGAGUUUCUCAAGACCGUUAACAUCAAGUUUGGAUCUGGUGCCUUCGUCGAUGCCGUUGUUGGCUAUGAGCUCCUGUCCAAGGCCACCUGGGAGGAGAUGGAUCGUGCUAACUUCUCGAAGAUAGUUCCUCUAUUUAUUGAUGUUGCUGGAAACUUGGCCCUUAAGUACGGAUCCGUUGAGGAGGCUAACCGAUUCGCUAGAGCGCUUCCCGGGCAAGUCUACCUCUACAACUUUGACUACGUUGGUCCACCAUCUCCAAUGACUCCCGGUUUCCCGUACGAUUUUCCCAACUCAGUCGGUCAUGGCGAUGAGCUCAAGUUCUUGUUCCCCAUGUCGAACGUACUAAACGAAGAACACACCCAAAUGGCUAAGAUCAUGGUGGAUCUUUGGACGUCCUUUGCGAUCACUGGGAAACCUCAAGCCGGCAAUGUCAUUCCAUGGCCACCUGUAUCGAGACCAUUCGGACCGUACUUACGACUCGUGAACCCUCCGGAGCAGAAAGAGUACUUCGUCCAUGAGCUUACAAACAGCGUUGUGAAGGCUAGACAGUCAAAUGACAGCGUGCAAAUGCAGUUAUCUUUUCUAGCAUGCCUGCUAUCACUACUUACUGCAUUGAUAUUGUAAGAUACGAUCCAUCAAUUCAACAAAUAAACCUUAUACCUAUAAGUAGCGGUGUUCCAACUUAGAUAUAGGGUACGGUAAAACAAAACCAUACCUAUUAGUAAUUCAAUUUACGUCAUUGAACGUGUGACUAUUCGUAAAACCAGACACCAUGCCCCUCCCCACCGGUAUCCAAUUCCACCGGUACCCACCAAAAGAAUCAUAAUAAAACAUACAUAAAAAGCA